ACACAGCAUAUUGGGCAGUAGGGUUUAGAACCCAGUGUCAGCUUGAGUUUGGGGAUGGGCAGAAAUACUCAUUAGAAGUGCACUGAGCCCUGUUUGUAGUGUAGGAUGACCAGGAGAAAAUACAGGGAAAUGGCUGAGCAACACCCCAGCGGUCAAAGGGGCCUUCAUACUCUCCUCUUGCCCAACAGAUGCUCCCACCGUUGUUCUUGAAAUCAGUUGAUGCUUUGGUGAAGACAGGGGCAACCCAUAGUCACUUAAGAAAUUUGGUGAGAUUGGGACUAAAAGGGGCAAAGGAAGGAAGGAAAUGAUGAAAUGAUGCAAUAGUCCAGAGGUUCCCAGACUCAAUUGCCGUCUGGACCACAUCCGAAGGAAAAGAUCCUCUCACGGACAUUUUCUCUCCCAUUUCUGAACAUGCAACAUUUCUGUGGCAAUUGCAACAAUUCCAUACAUGAAAAAAUAAUAUUUAGCAGAUGGAAAAUCAGGAAAAAAGUCAGGGCCCUGUAAUUAGCUUGCUCUCCAUGGACUUCAGAUACCUUCAGAGCCUGAGCGGAGAGCUGUGGGUAGAGCCAUGCUGAAAGGAGAGAAAACUUCACAAACAGGAGAUUAGGAAACCAAAGCAAUCAGAGCUCAUGGUCAAGGAGCUGUGGAGAGUUUUUUAACCAUUCCGUUUCCUAAACCCUUUCAUGUGAUUUCAUCUCUUUAUCAUGCCCUUUCUUCGGAGUUUGAAGCUAACUUUCGUCAUUUCUAUGUACUUUGUUUCAGGGCCUUACAGGAAGACCAGGGCUCCCGGGAGACAAAGGUGCGAUGGGGAUCCCUGGACGACCGGGUGCUCCAGGAGAAGCAGGCAUGUCUAUCAUCGGGCCCCGUGGUCCACCCGGACAGCCUGGAACAAGAGGUUUUCCUGGAUUCCCGGGCCCUAUCGGCUUGGACGGCAAACCGGGUUACCCUGGACAGAAGGGGGAGAUGGGUGCUGCAGGUCCCAGGGGACAACCCGGACCCCCAGGACAAAAAGGAGAAAAGGGUCAGUGUGCAGAGUACCCGCACAGGCUGUUGCCUCUCCUCAAUUCAGUGCGGCUGGCUCCGCCUCCGGUCAUAAAGAGACGCACUUUCCAGGGUGAACAAGGACAAGCAGGAAUCCAAGGUCCCCCGGGCCCCCCUGGUCCACCAGGGCCGGCUGGACCGGCUGGACCUGAAGGAAUCCCAGGGCAGCCAGGGCCAAUUGGACCACCUGGCAUAGCUGGAGAACCUGGGAAGCCUGGCAGAGAUGGAAAGGGCUUACCUGGGCCUCCUGGACCAAAGGGGGACCCUGGGAUUCAGGGAUACCCUGGCCGAAAGGGUGAGGUGGGUGAGUCAGGCCUGCCUGGUGCACAUGGCCUCCCUGGAGCUACUGGCCCCAAGGGUGAAAAGGGGGACACUGGCAUAAAGGGGGAGAGAGGCAUGCCAGGGCUGCCAGGAAGACAUGGCACUAAGGGUGCUCCUGGGGUGGCCACCGCAGGGAUGAAGGGUGAGCCCGGGACUCCAGGAGAAAAGGGAGAUCCUGGAGUCCCAGGGAGGAUGGGCCCCCCAGGUUUGCCAGGGAAGAAGGGGCAGCGGGGUGAGAAAGGACGAGCCGGUGACCCUGGGCUGCCGGGACUCCCUGGCACCAAGGGAGAGAAAGGAAAUGCUGAGAAUGCCUUGGUGGGAGGUAAAGGAGAACCUGGCCCUCCAGGUCUGCCUGGGCCUCCUGGACCAAAGGGAGAAGCUGGUGACAUUGGCCGGCCCGGUACUGCAGGGUCACAGGGGCAAAAGGGGGAACCUGGUUCACCGGGAGAUCAGGGACCCAUGGGCCCAAGGGGCCCCAAAGGAGAGCCUGGGAAGGAUGAAAUGAUGGACUAUGAUGGUAACAUCAGUGAAGCUCUCCAGGAAAUACGAACUUUGGCCUUGAUGGGACCCCCAGGACUUCCAGGUGUGGCUGGGCCUCCAGGGCCUCCAGGACAGAAGGGUGAAAUCGGCUUGCCAGGUCCCCCAGGCCAUGACGGAGAAAAGGGACCACGGGGCAAGCCUGGAGAAAUGGGCCCCCCUGGCCCUCAUGGACUGCCAGGAAAGGAUGGACCCCCUGGAAUAAAGGGAGAGCCAGGCCAUACUGGGGUCAUGGGAGAAAAGGGCGACAAAGGAGAGCCAGGACAAGCUGGCUCACCAGGUCUUGAUGGCUCCACUGGGGAGAAAGGCGAGCGGGGUUAUCAAGGGAUGCCAGGACCAUCAGGAUUGCCAGGUCCCACUGGACUUCCAGGAUUGACAGGAGAGAAGGGUGAGCCUGGGCAGCGUGGAGACAAAGGAAAUCCAGGAGAAUCGAUAUCUGGACCCCCUGGACCCCAAGGCCCGCCAGGACCUCCUGGUCUUCAGGGUCUCCCAGGACCGAAGGGGGAAGCAGGGAUUGAUGGAAUGAAAGGAGAGAAGGGUGCCCAGGGUGAAAAAGGAGACAGAGGGCCACUGGGAUUACCCGGUGCUUCAGGUUUAGACGGCAGGCCUGGACCACCGGGUACUCCAGGACCAAUUGGGGUUUCAGGACCAGCAGGACCAAAAGGAGAAAGGGGUAGUAAAGGAGAUCCUGGAGUUGUAGGACCAAUGGGGCCAGCAGGGCUUCCCGGUUUACAAGGUCUACCUGGGGACAAAGGAAUCCGGGGGGAGAGGGGCAAGAAAGGCUCUAGAGGGUCUAAAGGGGAUAAGGGAGACCAAGGAGCGCCUGGAUUAGAUGCACCCUGUCCGUUGGGUCUCCGAGGUUUUAAAGGCGAGAAGGGUGAGCCGGGGUUACCUGGGCUGGACGGCCUGGAUGCCCCAUGCCCAUUGGUAUGGUGUACCUUCCCUUUCCUACAUGCCUGUUUGCUUUUUGUAUCUUGGUUGUCACUUUCUAAUACCUCUGAACAGGUGCAUGCCAUAGAAACAUCUGGCAAUUCCUUCUUUACCUAUCCCCACCCAAGCUGCAUCACACUGCUGUUGUCAAAAACAGCCCCUUCCCUUCGUGCUAUGAUUCACAGCUGCUGUCAGCAUUACCUUGUGGCAUGAGGAAAAACAUAACAGAAAUGUGAACUUAUUUACAACUGCCUCAAUUCUUUCUUUGUCUUUGCUUCAGCAUCUUUCAGUAGACUAACAUACAAAGAACUGCCUCUGCACUGGCUUGGCUUUCUAGCAAGGAGCUGCCAUGCUGAUGUCCUUCAGUAACUCUAUUUUUGAAUGCUUGUACAUGGCUAGCACAGCCUGACACUGCUCAGUAUUAAUCAGCCUAUGCGUUAAUAUGACUGAAAAAAAAGUUAUCCUCUUAAACAUACUAACUGGACACAUAUCUCCCUUGAUUUCUGCUAGAUAAUUCCUAUUUGUGACUCUCCCCAGAAGUCCAAAUGGUCCCAUAUCAUCCAAGAAACUUGAAUUUGGAAUUGCCUGUUCCCGUAAUACAUUGGAACUUGUACUCUCAUGCCCUUCAGGACCUUGUUUGGCAUGACUAUGUUUGCUUGAGGGUGGCUGUUCCAAGCUUUAUGCUCACUUAAAAGGGUUUGAUGCCAUUUGCAAGGGAUGGGAUAGCAGUUAGUUCAACUAGCUGGAAAAAUAUGUCCCAGAUGAAAAAAGCCCCAUUCAGGUGGGAAGGUUUUCUUGGUUUCCUGAGGAAACUACCCCUGAAAUUAAAAGUCUUUGUUGUUUGACCUUUGUGAAGAUCUAGCAUUAGUCUUCCUUCCAGCAUUCCAUCCUUUUUGAGAGUGCUGUUGUCUCUUUGGUAGACUACCUUUCUCUUUAAUGUCUCUGCUCUCAGUUAGGAUUCACCCCACAUGGCUAUAUUAGAAUGUAUACUUCUUUUCAUACCUCUUUUUAUUAGUGGAGACUCAACAAAAAAAUUUGGUGAAAUAGAGAUGCCAUUGUUUUAUAUAUAUAGAUAGUGUUCUGGCAUGCAAGUUAGCUUGGGAAUGUGAAUAAGCAUGGGUUUAGAUCCAACCCAGUUAAAAGCUUAGCAUACAGCUGACACAUCCACGUGUGUAACUUGUGGAGGCCGUGACCUAAUGCUUUACACAUCUGAGAUAUGUGGAAAGAGAUACUUGGUACUAAUAAGCAUGUUGCAUUUCCAUUCUUGGCAAAAUCGCCUACAACAAACACUUCCUUGUGACCCUGGUCUUCCUUUGAUCCCUAAGAUAUAACGCCCUGGCCUCCCAUCCUUCAUACACCUAACUUCCCAUCUCCUCCUGCAAUGCACUACACAGUCAUUCUCACCACCACCAAAGUACCAAUGGGAACACCACAAUUUACCUGUAAUUCAGUAUUUCCACAGUGUGGGAGGGUGGGGGAGGAAGUAGCACAAGGAGGGCACAGUCCAGAAAAUGCAUUUGAAAAGCAGUAUGAUUGUAGCAUCAUGGCAACGGUCAGUUCAUCAGUCCCUUGAAAGUGCAUCUCCUUUAAAUAGUUUAUCAAGUUUUCUUGAUACAGUACCAUGCAUUUGCUUUUCUGUUUGGUGUUUUUUCCCCUCUCACCUUCACAAAUGGCAUGAUACGCACUUCAGAUCUCUCACACAGUACUUGAAGAAGUGACAACUAAGUCAUUUCAAUAAAGAAAUGUGCCUGCAUUGUGCGCUGUACAAGUUCACUCCCUGCUCCUGAGUUUUCUUGGGGAAUAGAAACAGCCCACGAAUCCAACACACAGAACAGAAUUUUUGGGCUUCUCAUGUCAGAGGUGUAUCUCCUUACAUCUGACUCUCCCUCCUGCUCAAAAGCAGGAGAUUAAGCGUCACUGACAUAAUUCCUCCUUUUCUCACAUCAAUUUAGGCUUCGCUGAGAUGAAAUUAAUGGCAGUAAUUCACAAAAGCAUUUCCCAGCAAAACAGUCUCAGUCUUUUAGAAGCCACAGCCUUUAAAGUAUUCAACCCUCUUCAGCAUUAAAACGAAACAGUCACAUCCCCACUUUGGGAUGUGUAGUCCAAGACUUCAGGGUUGCAGAAGUGCCAGUGGAGUUUUGCAGAAAUCUCACUGACCUGACUGAGGCAAAAGCCCCUCUCAGGGAGUCAGCUGAGACCUCUUCAGCCAGCACCCGGUCUGCCCUGCUGCUUGCCUUCCUAAUUUCACUGGAGCAAGAUCUUCUCAGAAGCAAGAGGGGGCAGCUGGGCAGUCUCUCACAUGAUAAAGCAAACCUUUUAACAGGGCAGAAAAGAAAUGGAAUUUUUCUCCAGACUCCCCUUGGGACCCAAGGUCAGUGCUGCCUGUUUGCUAUAACCUCAGCAUUACAGAGUCAAGCCCGAUGACACAGAUCAGCCAUCUCGCGCUUUCCACUGCCAACUUCCUGUAGUACUUUUCUAGCUGAAUGGGACCUCCUGUGUUCCCCCCUACCUUCAGGGGAGCCUAGAAAAAUACCUUCCUCAGUGAAGAAUGAGAAUGAGCCUACAGACCCUAUGAACAUAAGUCCUUGCAUCACCCGCAGGCAACCCCCCUCUUCAGCCCCAACCCUCUCUUCAAGCUACACUGGUUAUGUUAGCCAGAAGUCUGGGUCAUUCCAGAAGGGUGAGGAAUAUCUUUCAGGCUAUUCCUCCAGCCCUGCUUCAGACUGUUUGUUGCAGCUGUAAUAGUUAACCCAUGCCUUCUUUCCUCAAUCUUAGUGCUAUUUUCUGUGUCCUAAACUGCUAUUUCAUCCAUCUUUUU